CGCAAGCUCGUUCCUCUCGAGCCUGACUGCACCAGGCACCCUCCUCGAGCCUACAGCCGCGACCGUCUACCUCGUCCACAGCCGGCACCCUCCUUCGUCCGAGGUCCUUUCAUCGCCAACUCUCCUUGUCCGCUCCAACCAGCGUCACAGGCCACCAUGCAGGGUCUCCCGCCCAACGCGCAGUAUGCCGUCGACGAGUAUGGCCGACCGUUCAUCGUCAUCCGCGACCAGCAGAAGAAGACGCGCAUGCACGGCCUCGAGGCCCUCAAGUCGCACAUCCUCGCCGCCCGCACCGUCAGCAACAUCGUCAAGACGUCGCUCGGCCCGCGCGGCCUCGACAAGAUCAUGAUCUCGCCCGACGGCGACAUCACCGUCACCAACGACGGCGCCACCAUCAUGGGCCAGAUGCAGGUCGAGCACCAGAUCGCCAAGCUCCUCGUCGAGCUGUCAAAGUCGCAGGACGACGAGAUUGGCGACGGCACGACGGGCGUCGUUGUCCUCGCCGGCGCGCUCCUCGAGUCGGCGUCGUCCCUCCUCGACCGCGGCAUCCACCCGAUCAAGAUCGCCGACGGCUUCGACAAGGCGUGCAGCAUCGCCGUCAACGAGCUCGACCGCAUCGCCGACACGAUCGCGUACACCCCGGGCGAGACGGGCGAGCUCCUCAAGGUCGCGCAGACCAGCAUGGGCAGCAAGAUCGUCAGCAAGGCGCACAGCCUGUUUGCCCAGAUCGCCGUCGACGCCGUGCUCGCCGUCGCCGACCUCGACCGCAAGGACGUGCCGUUCGACCUGAUCAAGGUCACGGGCAAGGUCGGCGGCUCGCUCGAGGACACGACCUUGAUCCGCGGCGUCCUCCUCGACAAGGACAUGAGCCACCCGCAGAUGCCGCGCACCGUCACCGACGCCAAGCUCGCCAUCCUCACGUGCCCGUUCGAGCCGCCCCGGCCCAAGACCAAGCACAAGCUCGACAUCACGAGCGUCGACGAGUUCAAGAAGCUCCAGCAGUACGAGAAGGACACGUUCGUCAACAUGGUCAAGCAGGUCAAGGACACGGGCGCCAACCUCGUCAUCUGCCAGUGGGGCUUCGACGACGAGGCCAACCACCUGCUCAUGCAGAACGACCUCCCCGCCGUCCGCUGGGUCGGCGGCCCCGAGAUCGAGCUCAUCGCCAUCGCGACCAACGGCCGCAUCGUGCCCCGGUUCGAGGACCUGUCGGCGGCCAAGCUCGGUCGGGCGGGCACCGUCCGCGAGGUGUCGUUCGGCACGACCCGCGACAAGAUGCUCGUCAUCGAGGACUGCGCCAACUCGAAGGCCGUCACCGUCUUUGUCCGUGGCAGCAACAAGAUGAUCAUCGACGAGGCCAAGCGCGCCCUGCACGAUGCCCUGUGCGUCGUGCGCAACCUCGUGCGCGACUCGCGCGUCGUGUACGGCGGCGGUGCGGCCGAGAUCGCGUGCUCGCUCGCCGUCGCCGCCGCGGCCGACCAGACGGCGACGAUCGAGCAGUACGCCAUGCGCGCGUUCGCGACCGCGCUCGACGCCAUCCCGCUCGCGCUUGCCGAGAACUCGGGCCUGGCGCCGAUCGAGACCCUCGCCGAGGUCAAGAGUCGUCAGGCCGUCGAGGGCAACUCGCGCCUCGGUGUCGACUGCGCCGGUCGGGGCGAGAACGACAUGAAGAAGCAGUUCGUCGUCGACCCGCUCAUCAGCAAGAAGCAGCAACUUCUCCUCGCUUGCCAACUCGUUCGGCAGAUCCUCAAAAUUGACGAUGUCGGAAGUUUCUCCUCCCCUUUCCGUACUCCUGUGGUGUUCCGAGGCGUCGACGGCCCGGCGCCGCCGUCGCCGCCGUGACGAAGUUCCCGGGCACCCGAACUGACUCUCCUCUCUCUCUCUCGUACACAGAUUGUCAACGGCGGUGGCGACGAGUACUAGUCGCACUAGGCGAUGUGUCGACGACGUCUGUAACUCGAGAUGUACAGUACGCAGC